AUGGCGUGGGAUAUGGCCAAAAACAUUGAUCUAUUCGACUCACCCAAUGAUCUCGCAAUAGUCUUAGCUGGAGAGACUAUUCCCGGCCAAUUUCCUGCCUUAUUUCAGACUUUCAGCCGUUGGAAGACUCAAUUCAACACCGACACAGUUUUGGCUGAAGCCUCAGAGUUUCGUAAUGCUGCGAACAGGGGCAAUAGUCGUCUUAACAUUCCACAAUCAGUCGAGGGUGCCCAGAUAGCAAAGGAGCGUGCUGAAGCUGCGAAACAGUCAGUCAAAGAGGCACGGGCCAUUGAGAAACAGCGAGCCGCCAAGGCCAAGGAGGUUGAGCAAGCGCGGCGCGCGCAGGAAAAGCGGGAGGCUGAGGAGCGUGCAAAGGCAAUCAAGGAGGAGGAGCGAGCCAGACCCAGCGCCUCAAGGCGGCUAAGGAGGCCGAGCGAGCACGGCGUGUGCAGGAAAAGGCAAAGGGAGAAGGUUCAACUUCACGAGAGCUUUCAACCAAAGCCGCCAACACAUCCGACGCACCCCAUCGAAACCUUGAUGAUCGACCCGCGUUUGAGUCAGCUCGGACCAACUUGA